AUGGGCGGCGCGUUCAACCAGGGCCAGGGCGGGCGCAUCAAGAGCGAGCGCGGCAGCAAGCGCCGCGGCGGCGACCGGCCUCCCGGCGAGCGCGACGAGUCGCGCAAGCCCGGCCAGCAUGUCACGGGCGACGGCUUCGAGGGCGCGACGCUCGGCCCUCGGUCCGAGAACGGCUGGACCCCGUCCGUCAUCGCCGGCGCGCCCCAGGCCGACCUCAGCUCGCCCGAGAUGGUGCAGCGCAAGGUCAAGGCGCUCCUGAACAAGCUCACGCUCGAGCGCUUCGACUCGAUCUCGGGCCAGAUCCUCGAGUGGGCCAACAAGUCGGUCGACGAGACCGACGGCCGCAUCCUGCGCCAGGUCAUCGCCCUCAUCUUCGAGAAGGCGACCGACGAGGCGACGUGGUCCGAGAUGUACGCCCGCCUGUGCCGCAUGCUCAUGGAGCGCGUCUCGACCGACGUCCGCGACGAGACGGUCAAGACGAACGACGGCACCCCUGUCGCCGGCGGCGCCCUGUUCCGCAAGUACCUGCUCAACCGGUGCCAGGAGGACUACGAGAACGGCUGGAAGAACAAGGAGGCCGCGAGCGCCGCCGCCAAGAGCAAGGAGGCCGACGACAAGGCCAAGAAGGACGCCAACGACGCCGCAAAGAAGGAGGCCGAGGAGUCGGGCAAGGAGCCGGCGCAGGAGGCCGAGCUCCUCUCCGACGAGUACUACGCGGCGCAGAAGGCCAAGCGUCGCGGCCUCGGCCUCGUCCGGUUCAUCGGCGAGCUCUACCGCCUCCAGAUGCUCACCGAACGCAUUAUGCACGAGUGUAUCAAGAAGCUCCUCGCCAACACCGAGAACCCCGAGGAGGAGGACGUCGAGUCGCUGUGCCGCCUCCUCACCACGGUCGGCAAGGCGCUCGACACGCCCAAGGCGCGCGCCCACAUGGACGUCUACUUCUCGCGCAUGGACAUGAUCGCCAACAGCCCCAAGAUCUCGUCGCGCAUGCGCUUCAUGAUCCUCGAUGUCGUCGACCUGCGCUCGGCUCGGUGGGCGUCCAAGACGGAGGCGGCGGGCCCCAAGACCAUCUCGGAGAUUCACGCCGACGUG